CCAGCUGUUAGCGUCUUACGCCCAGAGCCCCCAGCUGUUAGCGUCUUACGCCCAGAGCCCCCAGCUGUUAGCGUCUUACGCCCAGAGCCCCCAGUUGUUAGCGUCUUACGCCCAGAGCCCGCAGCUGUUAGUAUCUUACACCGAGUCCCCAGCUGUUAGUGUCUUACCAUACUUGUUCGUUCUUUUCUCUUUUUCCUGAGCCCCGGAAAGAAAGUUGCAGAUGUGAUACCUGAGUGCCUCAGCGAGUGUUUCUUAAAAAUUAGGACAAAUUAAGACGUUCUCUUACAUGACUGCAGCACACUGACCAACAUGAGGAGAUGAGCACUGAUCGACUCCUUUAGCAAAUCUGACCUGGUUCCGAUUUUGCCAGUUGUUUCACUGAUAUCUUUUAUAACAGGAGAAAGUCUCAGAUCACGGGUUGAAUUACAUUGUUGUGUGUCUUUAGUUUCCUUUAAUCUGGUAAACUCUUUAUUUUUUGUGUUAUUGACACAAGUUGUAAUUUGUAAGUUUCUUUUUGAUUUGAAAUUCAACUUUAAGGCUAGGGUAAAAGAGGCUGAAAACAAAGAACCAGUUGGUAUUUUGUGGGGGCACUAGAUAAUUAUUGUUUGAGGGAGAUGGUUAAUCCCAAGUCUCUACUGAAAAAACAUGUUAAGUUCCUCAGCUAUUUUAUGGCCACACCUCCUCUCCAGAAGCUGACUGCACCUCGUGUGGUUCUUGGUCUUGUUAUUCAUGGUCAGGGCAGGAAAACGGUCCGUCUGUGCUUGGAGCUGCCAUUCUGGCGCCCCUUGUGCUGUAGAAGGGGCUGUGGUACCACUCAACAGCAGUUUACCGCCAGGUAAGAGAUGUUGCUGGAGAGGACUUGCAGGUGCCGCCUAGACUGCCCUGCGGGACAAUGCCAACGUCCUCAGCCACAAUUCAGUCUCCUAAGCGUAGGCCUCAUCUGUUGUGAAUAAUUUGUAAAAUUUUUGUUUAGCUGUAAGUAUAAUGAACUCUUGAGAAUGUAAUGUUGCUUUUGAUUAUUGAUCUCCAAUAAUUAGAAAAAGCUUUAUGAUUUAAAAAGUUGUGCUGAAUUACUCUACAUAUCACAAUAAACAGCUUAAGACAACAUUUUCUGACUGAAUAGGGACAGAAGUUUCGUGAGAGGCUGUGGGACCCUCCUCUUGUGGUUUAGAAGAGCCCGUCAGUAUGUUACUUUCGUUUCUAAGUGACAGCCUAGGACCCAGCGUGCUGACAGGUGUCCUUUCCGACAGCCCCUGCGCGGAAUCGGCAUCCUUAAGCAGGCCAUUGACAAGAUGCAGAUGAACACAAACCAGUUGACCUCCGUCCAUGCUGACCUUUGCCAGCUGUGUUUGCUGGCCAAGUGCUUUAAGCCCGCCCUCCCGUACCUGGACGUGGACAUGGUGGACAUCUGCAAAGAGAAUGGGGCCUAUGAGGCCAAGCACUUCCUGUGCUACUAUUACUACGGCGGGAUGGUCUACACCGGGCUGAAGAACUUCGAGCGAGCACUCUACUUCUACGAGCAGGCCAUCGCCACUCCUGCUAUGGCUGUCAGUCACAUCAUGCUGGAGGCAUAUAAAAAGUAUAUUCUCGUUUCUUUGAUACUGCUUGGCAAAGUGCAACAGCUGCCGAAAUAUACGUCUCAAAUUGUGGGUAGAUUCAUUAAGCCUCUUAGCAACGCGUACCACGAGUUAGCGCAAGUUUAUUCCACCAACAACCCCUCGGAGCUCCGCACCCUGGUGACCAAGCAUAGCGAGACCUUCACUCGCGACAACAACAUGGGGCUGGUGAAGCAGUGCCUGUCCUCGCUGUACAAGAAGAACAUCCAGAGGCUCACCAAGACCUUUUUAACGCUGUCAUUACAAGACAUGGCAAGUCGUGUGCAGUUAUCUGGACCUCAGGAGGCAGAAAAGUAUGUCUUGCACAUGAUAGAAGAUGGUGAAAUUUUUGCAAGUAUUAAUCAGAAGGAUGGGAUGGUCAGUUUCCAUGAUAACCCUGAAAAAUAUAAUAACCCCGCCAUGCUUCAUAACAUCGAUCAGGAGAUGCUGAGGUGCAUAGAGCUGGACGAACGGCUGAGGGCCAUGGACCAGGAGAUCACAGUGAACCCCCAGUUCGUGCAGAAGAGCAUGGGGUCACAGGAAGACGAUUCCGGAAACAAGCCAUCCAGUUAUUCCUGAAGCCAGUGCCCCUCCUGAGUUUCAAAGAAGCCUUCUCCGUGUACGGGGCAGGUGUCGGGAAGGCAGCAGGGAGGACCAGGCCCGUCUCACCUAGACACUAAGGCGGUGUGUUUUGUUUUGACGUCUUCGGUCCUGUGUGCUUUCAGAAAACCAUUCUCUCUGCAAAGAAAGGAAAACGUUUUCAAACUUUAAAGCCUGUUGUGGAUUUAUUUAUCCUCAGAUUAAUGUGGUUAUUGCAUUAAAUCUACCUUUUUGUUUUAAAUUA